UGCUGGAGACCCCAAGCGGGCCGCCUCAGGAACGUGUCCUUGGUGUCAGCGGGAGCAGCAGGCCACCUCCUGGGGCUGACACUGGCCGAGAGGUUCCGUGGGCGAUGAGUGCUUUUCCUGUUGGCCGGUGCCGCCUCUGGGCAAUGCAGGGACCCUUGAUGACAGCUCCUGACCCCUUCCAAAGCCGCCUGGCCCUCCUUGAACCCGACGAGAGCAGGUUGCCGGGCCUUCCCUGAGGAAUGUGUUCCUGGCAGGUGGGGACAGCCCCUCCCCCAGGGUGUUGGGUACAGGAUCCUGGGGUGCCUCAGGACACGGUCAGGCCCACUGAACCCCCACACUCCUGGGCCACCUGCCCGCUGGCUGUCCUCUGUGACCCUGUCUCCCCUGAGCCAAGGUGCCCGGCCUGGUCCCCCGGGAAGAACAGUGAGGAGGUCUGGCUCUCCCUGCCAUGGGGGCCUCGGGGGCCUGGACGGGGACGGUGUCCUCCCUCCCCAGGCUGCCCAGCGCCCUCGCUCAGGGAGUGCUCUCCUAGCGGCCUGUUCGGCAGACGGGCACAGUCACGACAGCAGCCAGACCCUGUCCCGGCCCAUGCACCCACCUGGACAGAUCGGCGCCCUCCUAGACUUACUGGCUCCAUUGAGGGUCCCAAAGGGGCUGCCCCAGAGCACCCUGGGGUCUCCAGACCCCUCGGCCCACAGCAGCUACCAGCAGCCCAGGCAGGACCCAGGGGCUUCCGGGCACAGAGGCGCCGCUCCCUGGCUUGUGAGCCUGGGGCCUCUCCAGCCGUCCCCUGUCGGGGGGGCCUCCACUCCUGCUCUGGAUCAAGGUCCUGCCCUCAGGGAGAGCUGGUGCCUUCGGGGGACCGGGCCCUGGUUGCAGUUGGAGAGUGCAUCCAGGGAUGGUGCUCUUCUUGGCUGCCGCCCUGCCUCCCAGGGGCCUCCCCAGACACCCGGCUGCUGUCAGCUGGGGCUGGGGGGUCCUCUGGCCUAGGGGUCAUCCCAGUUUGGGAGUGCCCUUCCCUGGACACUGUGUCCAAGAAGGAUACAUGCUCGCCCUUUGUUGGGGGCCAGGCACAGGGUGAGGGGACACUCGGCCCCACCACCCCUGUCUCCGGGAGCCCUGGCUGGGUACGGUGCCUCUUCUGAGAGAUCCUGCCCGGGACUGGUGCCGCCUGCCUCCCGCACAGUUGGGGACCCUGGCCGGGCACCUCCUGCCAGCCCCCUGCUUCUGUCCUAGCCUCAGCCGGGCCCUGCAAGCUGUCCAUGUGCCUGUGACACCCGGUCCCUCUGCGGAUGUUUGCAAACACCCCUGCCCCCACAGUGAUGUCUGGGGGCCUCUCUGGGCCUUUGUGUGCCGAGUUGAGGGUGGGUGGUGGUGGGGGGGUCUUUCCAUAGUUGCCUACUUCCUGUCCUCCUCGGCCCCAGGUCCAGGGGUGCCCUGCCUGCUCAGUUUCCAGCCUGAGCCCUUCCUUGAGCUGGCCCAGUCCCCUAAGCUUCUGCAGCAGGUUCCCAGAUCCACCCGAGGGACUCCUGGCCAGUGUUCCCAGUGGUGUCUGAGUGCUAGACUCAGUCCCUGGCCAUAGAUUUCGGGGAACCCCGCUCUGAGGGGCCAUUGCUUCUGUUUCCUCUCCAGGUCCCCUCCCAGUUGCCUCGGAGAGCGAGGAUGGGGCUGUCGGGAGGCAGAAGGGAGGGUUGGGGUGCAGAGGUGUGGCUUAGGGGAGGGAAAGUCAACUGGGCUACCGCCCCUCCCUGCCCUCCCUGGACUCAGUCCAGACAUAACCUGCGGGUUGGAGGCCUGUGCACCCUUUAUCUCCUAGUAGCCUGGCAGGUCCUCCUGGGUCUUCCUCAGUGUGGCUGGGUCCCCAGACCAUAGGCCCCAGCAGGGUAGGGGCCCGUGCUCUGCUCUUGUUUUUGCUCCUACUUGCCCGCCCUUCCCGGGGAGGCCGCUGGCCACGACCAUGCCAAUCUCUUUCCCUGCUGCCUGCCUGCCUGGGUGGCCUCCAGCUCACCGCCCUGUGAGGCCUGUGGCCUCCCGCCAGGGCUGUCCUCAGGGGCCUGGAUCCCCCUAGUUUAUCUACCGCCCUUGCUGCCCCACAUGUGUCCCUGCAGCCUGGGGAUGAUCCGGAGGGUUGGGGGAUCGGUGCCCUUGGUUCACCCAGCCCAGCCCUAGGGCGGUUACCCCGGUGGCCCUGCCAGGCAUGGGGCUUGGGAGAGGAUACGAUGGAGCCGGCACAGGGAGGGGGCAGGAGACUCUGGGUGACUCGGGGCAGGAGGGGGUGCCCCAGAGGUUCAGAAUCCUGGGCACACAGUGGGCUGAGCGGACAAGUCGCAGCCUCAGGGGGACCUCCCGUCCUCCCCACUGGCACUGGAUCUUUCUGGGCCUGGCUCUGCUGCCUCCCACCCCCAUUCAGCUGGUGGCUUCUAGAUGCUUCCAGAGUGUGCUUGGCCCCUUUGCCUCUAUGCCAUUGGGCCCAGGGGGAGCAGUAGAGUGGCUGGGGCUGGGGGUGGGACUUCCCCUUUCUGUGUCUUGCUUGCCCCGUGUCUCUCAGUGAGUGGCCGCCCUGAGCCUGGGGCCAGCAGCUCAGCCCCAAGUGGAAGUCAGGCAGGGCUCCUCUGCCGUUUUCCUUUCCUUUAUGCCAUCAGAGUCAGGAGUGGCCUAUCCUCAUGAAGCCACAGGUUCUACACCUCUUGCACUCUCUUCUUGAAAGUGGUAGCGGCCCAACAGACACUCUUCCUACCUCCACCGCAGCUGAGGGUCAAGGCAAGGGUCCUUCUUGGCCGGCCUUGGCGCUGUCACCUUUUGGACCUGUCUGGGGUCGAGGUCAAAGGCCUUACCAGGACCACGGGUUCUGGGCCCUGGCCCUGCAUUUCCUCUCCACCGUCUCCUUCUCCACUGGCCACCUCGACACCCUCCCAGCCCCCUCUGUUGGUUCUCCUCCCUGGUCUGGCAGGGCCUGGGGGCAGCGGAGGAAAAAAGUCCAGUAUCUUCUUGGACAGUCCCCAGAGUGGCCUCUUGCUGGGACCUUGGGCAGCUGCUGCCCCCUGCUGUGUGUCUGAGUACUGCUGGAACCCUGCGGGGGACCCCAGAUUAUUUGGGGGCUUUUGAAAGCGGGGCCACAGUGGUCUCUCAGAGCUCUGGAGAACAUUUAAGUGGAGGCCUGGAGGCUCUUGAGGCCCAUGGAACCUUCCUAAUCCUUCUGGUUCCAGUUGGGGCACCCAGUGCACUUGGGUGUGUCCAGAGUAGUUGGAAUCCCUCAUGGGGUUCAAAGCCCUGGGGGUUGGACAGAUCACAGGAUGAGCUUGGCAGAGCUCUGAGGAGCCCUGGAACAGGGAGGGAGUACUCCAAGGCCCACGGAGCCCUGGGGAUUGGUGACCAAGCCCAAGUGGGAGGCCUCAGGAAUCCAGGGGGAGCUCAGGGAGGUGGUGGGAGCAGAGCCCUGGGGAAGGCUGUGGGCCCUCAGGAGCAGGGAGUCUCUGAGCCCUGGGGUAGGAGUCUUGCAGCCCUUGUCAUUCCCUGGGGAAAUGGGGUGGGGACUCCGGGAGCCCUCUUCCAUCCAGUCUUGGGAGCUCUUUUGGAAUGAAUGAAAAGGGGCAAGCUACGUUGGGGGUGGCCGCUGUUCCUUCCUUCCCUCUCUUCCCUCACGCCAGACACCACAGGGGUUGCCAAGUACACCCGGCUGCCUCCUCUUUACUCCUCACCUGUAACAGAUCCAGGACCUGACCUAAGGCCUAGAAAGCACCAUUUCGUCCAGAUACCUGGAUAUCUCUUUUCCCUCCUUGGGAUGCCCCAAGCCCAGCUCCACAUCCCCCAUCUCCCUGACACCGGCUAUUACUCCAGAGCUUUGGGAUGUCAACCUUGCCUCCACCCCAGGUCCCAUAUAGGUUCCUGCUAGGCCCCAUCUGCCUCUGUCCAGCCACAAUCCGAAGUAGUGAGUGCUUCCUGGGGGAACUGGACUUCGGUGAGUUCAGUUCUUCCUGUCAGUGUACUUGGUUUUUAUCAGCUGCUGAAACAGGAGGCUGUCACUGCAUCCUUCUAGGGUCCUGGUAGUAGCAACCUGUUUGUUCUGCCCCCCACGUACAGGCUUAUUAAUGGGACCAUUGGGUCCCUAAGGUGGACCUGUGAGGAGGUGGCAUCCCCUGCGCAUGCCUACCACCUGCCAUGGACCAUCCAGGUCUCGCCUGCUGCAGGGCCAGCCAUCAGUCUGUUGCAUUGGGCUUGGGAUGGUGAGGGGCAGAGGGCAAGGGCUUGGGGAGUCCACACAGCAAGUGGCUGGGCUCUGGGAGUGAGCUAGGUAAGAGGAGCUUAUAACAAACAAGAAAGGCUGAAACUGAGUGGUAAGAAAAUUAGAAGUGCUUCGCUCUUUUCUGCAUGUUUUCAACACACAAGGACCAUGCACUAUUUUAGGACCAAAAAUAUACAUGAGGAGAGACUAGGAUGCAGCCAAGAUAAAUGGUCAAGAGUAGCCAGGGAGGGUCCCAGCCCCAGCCCUGCCUCCACGGGUGCAUGUGCAGGCACUGCAUGGGAGCUGUGCCAAGUGUGGGAGGCUGGCUUGUCCCACUACCUGCAGCAAGGAGCCAAAGGCAAGGGGGACUAAUGCCAGCACCCCACCCCUUGCUGGGCCUGUUUCCCACCUGCCCGUGUGCAGUGGAUGGCAGCCCCUCUGUGCUUUCCCGCCCUCUGCCGGCAGCAUAGAGCCAGGCGUGCCCAGCAACAUGUGGCAUUGUCUUG